CACACCUCUCACUAACAAGCAGUUCACCAUGGAUAAAUAUGAAGCUACAAAGGUAGUGUUGUCAAGGAUCCAAACUUUGGAUCCAGAAAACGCCUCAAAAAUCAUGGGUUACAUACUGAUACAGGACCAAGGAGAGAAAGAGAUGAUAAGAUUAGCAUUUGGCCCUGAAACCCUUUUGGUCUCCCUCAUCAAUCAAGCCAAAACUUACUUAGGACUUCCGUCUAACAGUUCAUCUACACCUUCCACUCCCUCCUCUGCUUCACCUUUCAACCCCAUAUCAAACCCCAAAAGACCCAACCUAUUUCAACAAUCUUCCCCCAGAAUCGUCAUUCCCACCAAUGGGUUUCAUGUAAACCCAUCUUCACCUUCAUCUCCUUGGUCUGGUUCCUCCUUUCUUGACCACCAUAGAAGCCCAAGACCAGCCUCUUCUCUCUCUUAUGCUGCUGUUGUUAAUGGAACAUGCAACAACCCUUCUGGGUCUUUCUCAUCUGGUUCUAGCCCUCCACUUCCACUACCAUUUUACAAUAACAGUAGUGAUCUAGAUAGAGAGUAUAACGAUCUUCAUGGUCAAGAUCAGUUGUCAUUUCUCGAUGAGCCUUCUUCGAAGAGUGUUGAUUUUCUCGAUCCUUUAAUGAGUCCAAGUGGUCGGAGUGACUCAAUUGUGUUCCCAUACGGGCGUAGUGGUAGAAAUUGGGUGGAUUCUGGGAGUUGUGGGGACACUCACCACCACCAACUUCAUAGAAGGAGUUGUUCGGUGAGUGAUGUGUUUCUUGGUGGUAAUGGGUCUGAAGAUGGUGGAAUUGGGUUUGGUUGGAGGCCAUGCAUGUACUAUGCUAGAGGCUUUUGCAAGAAUGGGAGCAAUUGUAAGUUCUUGCAUGGUGGGUUCUCUGAUUUACCCGAUGGUACUGGUGCCAUUGUUGGUUCUCCUAGCAAAGUUGAUGGGUUUGAUGAAUUGCUCAGAAUGAAGGCUAUCCAGCAGCAGAGAUUAGUCGCCGCGGCGCAACUCAUGGCCCCUGGGGCUCAUACUUUCCCAUACAACAAAUGCAUGAACUUCCUCAAUGAUAACCAGAGAUCUGCGGCAGCAGCACUAGUAAUGGGGGAAGAAUUUCAUAGAUUUGGUCGGUGCUUACCUGAAAGAAAUGAAUUUGCGGCAAUGGGAUUGAGUGGAAAUGCAAAUUCAAGCUCACGACAAAUUUACUUGACAUUUCCUGCUGAGAGUACCUUUAAGGAAGAGGAUGUUUCGAAUUACUUUAGUAUGUAUGGACCGGUGCACGAUGUUAGGAUUCCGUAUCAACAUAAGCGGAUGUUUGGAUUUGUUACGUUUGUCUAUCCUGAGACUGUGAAGCACAUUUUGGCAAAAGGGAACCCUCAUUUCGUUUGUGAUUCGCGUGUGCUUGUUAAGCCCUACAAGGAGAAGGGAAAAAUACCAGACAAGAAGCAGCAGCAGCAGCAGAUGGACAGAGGAGAGUUUUCAGCGUGUUUAAGCCCUUCUGGGCUCGAUUCUAGAGAGCCUUAUGAUCUUCCCUUUGGAGGAAGGAUGCUCUACAAUACUCAAGAUAUGAUGUUAAGAAGAAAAUUGGAGGAGCAGGCUGGAUUGCAGCAAGCCAUUGAACUCCAAGGCAGAAGACUAAUGAAUUUGCAACUUAUGGACAUGAAGAAUCAUCAUAGUCAUCACGUUCAAUCGCUUUCUGUUCCCAUUUCAACACCAACUCAAUCGCAUUCUCAAAUCAAUCAAGGUGUGGGGCUUCCAUCUAAUGGCAUCAAUCAAGAAGUCCCUGAAGCCGAUCAGAAGAUGCCACAGGAUGUUAAUGAACUUUGCAAUAGUGGUGGUGAAAAUGGCAAUGGCAAGGAGGAAGGCUCCAACCUUGAAGACUGUGAUUUCCGCGAAAGCUUGGAGCACAUCCUUCCUGACAACCUCUUUGCAUCUCCUACAAAAGCAGCUGCUGGCAAUCAGUCUAUCUUCUCCACAGCUCCGGUAGAAGCUGAUAAUAACUCACAAUAACAUCUUCUAAAAGUAUCCCAAUGCUGCCCACCUGUUCCACCCUCAAAAAGUUGAGUAGCAUAUGUAAGGAGGUGAAGUCCUGUAGCUGUAUAGCCAAACCAUACCCACAACAAAAGAAAAGAUCUGUAAGGAAGAUCCCCUCAGAGAUUAUUGUCAUCAUGAAUACAAUACUACUACUUACAACAAAUACAUAAUGCAUACGUAAAGGACAGAUGAACUGAUUUACGGUAGUGGGGUCCCUUAUGUCUAUUUUGUACCCUCUUUGUAGUCGUGUGUUUGGACCACACAGAACAAUAGGAUAACAAACAAAGGCUAGCAGUAGUAUCUUUUAUUUUAUAUGUGCAUGUUCUCACUUUUCUCUUCUUUUUAUUUCCUUUUUUUGCAUCCCUCCA